CUCUCUCGUCCUGCCGGGAGUGGUCGCUGCUCGCUGAAUUGCGUCUCCAAGAAAAGGGAGACCAAGAGUCGCUGGGAGGAUACGAGAGUGAACGCCUCAGCAGUCUUUAGAAGCUCAACACUCAAGACUCAACACUCUUCCCCUGCACACACACACACACACACACACACACACACACACACACACACACACGGUGAGCCACGAUGAAGGCCAGGCUGCCCUUACUCUUGGUGUUUAUUGAAUCAUCGUUGCUUGCGGCCGGAAAUUCCUUCAAACCCUACUGGAACCCACGCUGCCCUGCCCAAAUUACCAUCUCGGGGGAUGAGGAAUGGAAGAACGUUACCACCGAGAAAUAUAACUGGUACGAUUGGAGCACCGUCUUAUACGUGCACCCCGAUCCAGGGUUCAAAGGCAUCAGGCUCGUGGCGGCGGGCGAUGGCUGGCUGAGUGACGCCUGGUUCACGCUGGACGCCACUUGCUUCCCUGGGGACGCACAGUGGUGGGAGUUGUGGUUAUGUGUGUGGAACUAUAGCAGCAACAAUGGCCACAGUCUUCGGUUUACAGUAUGGGCUGGUGAUUGUGCUCUUAGGUGCCGCAGAACAGGCUACUUCCCUGAUUACCGGGCUGUUACUGUUGAGGCUCACGGGCCCUCAAGGUGGAGAUCACAGUACCCGAAUCGACCAUGCACCCUAAAAGGAUACACAAGACAAAGCCUCUCAUGGAUAAACUGCACCUACAUCCCCAUCACCACCACCCCUACAACCACCAUCACCAUCAUCGUUGUGUCGGCAAUGAUAGGUGUUGGUAUUCUUGUUGUUCUUGUGGCGGUGAUGUGGCGUUUCCGGCAGCGAAGGAUAUCCAAAGAAGUGCCCCGCGUGCCGCCGCGGCGUGGACUGGCCGUCUCCUGGCGCGUCGGUGGCGAGGCAGCGAUCGGCGACAGCCGCGUGGAGCCGCCCACGGGCCCCACCGUGCACCCGCGCGUGGCGCCGCGGCAGCAGGAGCCCGACUACCUGUACUUCGGCGACGACGAGGAGCACAUCUACGACGAGUUCCCCGACCCUCUAAUCCACCAGGAGAUCCCUGGGCCUCCAAUCUACGAGGAGAUCCCCGGGCCUCCAAUCUACGAGAAUAUCUCCGAGCAUCCACGCAGCCACGAGGCCGAAAACUUAGACUCCGAUGAUAGUGCUUACCUCACCCCGAGGCGAGCACCCCCGGGCACACCCUCAGGGCAUCCACCCAGCCACGAGGCCGAAUACUUAGACUACGAUGAUGUUGCUUACCUCACCCCGAGGCGAGCCCGGCUGCUGCCGCUCCCAGGCCAGCACGCGACACAGGGGUAAGCACUGCAGGAUGAGGGCAACUAGGCGGCAGCACCGUGCCCUCCAGAAGAGCAGGGGGCAGCACCGUGCCCUCCAGACGAGCAGGGGGCAGCACCGUGCCCUCCAGACGAGCAGGGGGCAGCACCGUGCCCUCCAGACAAGCAGGCGGCAGCACCUUGCCCUCCAGACGAGCAGGGGGCAGCACCGUGCCCUCCAGACGAGCAGGGGGCAGCUCCGGGCCCUCCAGACAAGCAGGGGGCAGCACUGUGCCCUCCAGACGAGCAGGGGGCAGCUCCGGGCCCUCCAGACGAGCAGGGGGCAGCUCCGGGCCCUCCAGACAAGCAGGGGGCAGCACCGUGCCCUCCAGACGAGCAGGGGGCAGCUCCGGGCCCUCCAGACAAGCAGGGGGCAGCACCGUGCCCUCCAGACGAGCAGGGGGCAGCUCCGGGCCCUCCAGACAAGCAGGGGGCAGCACUGUUCCCUCCAGACAAGCAGGGGGCAGCACCGUGCCCUCAAGACAAGCAGGGGGCAGCACCGUGUCACACACACACACACACACACACACACACACACACACACACACACACACACAAGUACAUUUUCCUGGACCGUAAAUUUUCCAAACGGCUCCAAUCACUAAUUCACAUUUUAUUCUUAUGUUCUUUAUUUGUUUGUUGUUUAUAGUGAUGGCGCGAAGGAGGAGGAAGAGGAGGAGGAAGAGGAGAAGGAAGAGGAAGGAAAAGAGGAGGAGGAGGAGGAGGAAGAGGAAGAGAAGGGGGAGGAGGUGGAAAGGAGGAGUGACCAUGCAUUAUAUUUUUAAGCGAGUUUUGUUGUUUCAAUAAUUUAUUUUAGUUUUUUUAGUUUUUUACUUUACCUUUUCACUUUUUUUGCUUCAUAUUUGUGCUGCCACUGUUCACUUUCAGCCUGCUGCAUGUUUCCCUCCAUGAUCAUUCCUGCCAAGUGUUAGUCUUCUUAGUGGAUCUUUUCUUAAUUCUGUCAGCUUUAUUAUUUUUUUUUGUUGUUUGAGUGCGAUGAUUUUCUUUUGGCUUACACCCGUCCUACGUGUGUCACGAUGUUAAAACUUCACGACAGCAUUGUUCGCCACACACUCCAGUGAGCCUGUUACACGUUUCCUACAGAUGUCACGAUGUUAAAACUUCACCACAGCAUUGUUCGCCACACACUCCAGUGAGCCUGUUACACGUUUCCUACAGAUGUCACGAUAUUAAUAUUUCAUUAUAAAUAAAUUUGUUAUAUACUCUGA